AUGCUUCAGAAGCAGCGGCUGCCCCUGCCGCUGUCGCUGCUGGCGCUUCGACUGCUGCCGCAGUGGCUGAUGAACACGCAGCCGCAGACACGAUAUACGAAAGGAGAUGCUCACAGCGCCAUCGCCGGAUUCCUGCACCUGAGGACAAGUGACGCCUACGUGAAGGCCAAGGAGAAGCUCGUCGCUCGGUAUGGGAACGACUUCCUCAUCGCCAGCAGCUACCUGAAGCGCCUGAGGGAGUGGUCGGCAGUGAAGUCCGGGGACAGCAAAGGACUCCAGCGAUUGGCAGACUUCUUGGAGCACUGUCACAUGGCGUCUUCGGCCAUCCCAGGUAUGAGAGCGCUGGAUGAUCCUCACACGAUCCAGAUGGUACUGAAGAAGCUCCCUGUCUAUAUCGCGGACAGGUGGAAGCGCCUCGUCGACUCCAGCGUCUACGGACCGACGCCGCACUACCCAAGCUUCGCUGACUUCGUUCAGCUCGUCUCUACGGAGGGGCGUAUCGCCUGUGGUCCGGUGAGCAGCGGCGCGCAGUCUGAAGAGAGCCCACCUGCAAGGAACAUCCGUGGCAAGGCGCAUGCGUUCACAUCAAGUCACGAGAAGUGUGAAGCGUGUGGGCACCAAAGCGAGGAGCAACGGGCCACCCAGCAAGUCACGACCGCACGAGCAGUACGCCGCCCGUGCGUCAUCUGUACCCAACCCCACGACGUGCACACAUGCAAGAAGUUCAUGGCCUUGCGCCUUGACGAGCGCAAAGAAGAGGUCAUGAAGAAGAGGCUAUGCAGAGGGUGCCUGAAGCCAGGACACAUUUGGCGUGACUGUCGAAGAAGAGAUAAGUGCGACAAGUGCCAGAUGUCGCACCCAACGCUGCUGCACGAUGACAAGCUCAUGAAGACGACAGCGAGCGCAUGCAGUCACGACAAGACAAGUAGCGGCAAGCAGCAUGGCGGCGACACACAGGUGAAGGCAUCUUCGCUGCGAUCUACCGCUCAGAGCACCGGGGAUGUCGGAGUGUCCAAUUGCCACACUAUGAUAGUUCCCGUGAAGCUGUAUCACGAAAAUCAACCGGAGCAGCCCAUCAUCACCUACGCUCUGCUGGACCCGCAAUCGGACGCAAGUUUCGUGACGGAGGCCCUCUGCGACGUCCUCCAGCCAGAGAGUACAGAAGUGGAGCUUCAGCUAAGCACAUUGAACGGACGCAAAAUCGUCAGGUGCUCGUCGGCGUCCGGACUGGUUGUGGAGAGCUCGGAAGGGGGACCGGCAGUGGACCUCCCUACGCUCUACUCACGUCACGAGAUCCCAGCAGACCGAGAGCUGAUACCCCGACGGGAAACGUGCCUCAAGUGGCCGCACCUUCGCCAGGUGGCAGAGAAGAUGCCGGAAUACCACGCAGAGGCAGAGAUAGGACUCCUUCUGGGAGUCAACUGUCCGCGCAUCAUCAAGCCCAGAGAAGUUAUUCCCGGCGAAGAGGACGAUCCGUGGGCCGUGCGUACGCUUCUCGGAUGGGGCAUCGUGAGAUGUGUCAGCGAGAGCCAGCCGACGGGAUGCUUCUACGUCGGCACAGGUCAGGGAAAGAAGAUGUGCCACUUCGCAUACCGGACUCGAGUGAAGGAUGUCAGCCUACGGCAGGUCCAACAGGUCUUCGACAGCGGCUUCUUCGACCAGAGACAAGAGAAGACAGUGUCGCAAGAAGAUCAGCAGUUCAUCAAGAUGAUGACCAGCGGCAUGCACCAAGUGGAAGGAGGCCACUACGAAGCGCCUCUUCCGAUGAAGGACGAGAAGACAAUGCCAGACAAUAGGGAUCUCGCGGUCGCCAGACUGUCUCAGCUCAAGAGGAGGCUCCUUCGAGACGAGAAGCUGCGCGACGAGUACACAGCUUUCAUGAGCGAUCUUCUCUUGAAGGGAUACGCUGAGCCGGUUCCGGACGACGGACAGAUGGAAACGGACAUGAUCAACUAUGUGCCACAUCACGGAGUCUACCACGAGAAGAAGGGCAAGUUGAGAGUCGUGUUCGACUGCAGCGCGAUGUGCAAGAACGACUGCCUGAAUAGCCACCUCCUCCAGGGCCCAGACGUCAACAACGACCUCACUGGCAUCUUGGUGCGGUUCAGAGAGGCCCCCGUGGCAUUCAGUGGCGACAUCGAGGGCAUGUUCCACCAAGUGCGCGUCAACCCAGAGCAUCGUGACCUUCUCCGGUUUCUCUGGUGGGACAACGGAGACCUCAACGAACAGCCUCGAGAGUACCGCAUGUGCACUCACCUCUUCGGAGCCACCAGUUCUCCAGCGGUCGCUUUGUUUGCUCUGAAGAAGACGGCCGCCACGUACGGAGAGGAGUUCUCGCCCGAGGCCGCGUCCUUUGUGGAGCGGAACUUCUACAUCGACGAUGGAGUGGCUUCAACGAAGACUACGGAAGAGGCGGUGCAACUGAUACAAGACGCGGCUGGUCUCUGCCUGAAGGGGGGUUUCAAACUCCACAAGUUUACCUCGAACGACAGGGACGUCUUGAAGACACUACCUGUGUACAGCUUGUCCAAGAGCUGUCAAGCUGCGCUGGACGAGGAGCUGCCUCUCCCGCGUGAACGCGUCCUGGGACUGAACUGGGACAUGGAUGACGACACGCUCUGCAUCGACGUGACCCUGCCCUGCAAGCCGGCAACCAGAAGGGGUAUAUUGUCAUCCGUGAGUACGAUCUACGAUCCUCUCGGGCUCAUCUCUCCGUGCAUUCUUGCGGCCAAGAACAUCCUGAAACGGUUGUGCGUGGACAAGUACAGCUGGGACGACUUGAUUCCGGAGGACAUGGAGCGAGAAUGGCGUCUCUGGAAAGAAGACAUAGAGCGCCUGUCCACACUGAAGAUCCCACGCUGCUACGUCACGACGGAACUCGGUGAAGUUGAGAGAUAUGAGGUCCACCACUUCUCGGACGCGAGCUACGAUGGAUGUGGGCAGUGCUCGUACCUCAGGACCAUCUACAACAACGACAAGAUCACCAGCAUGUUGAUAAUGUCAAAGGCCAGAGUCACGCCUGUCAGAGCCGUGACGAUCCCGCGACUGGAGCUGGUGGGCGCCCUGAUGUCGGCGAAGGUGAGCUCUUUCCUCAGGAACGAGCUGGCGAUUGGCGACUACCAGGAGUACUACUGGACUGACAGCCGUGCCGUGCUCGGCUACAUACGGAACGAGACGAAGAGGUUCCACGUCUUCGUCGCCAACAGGGUCGAAGACAUCAGGCAGCUCUCGGAACCGUCACAGUGGCGCUACAUCGAUUCGAAGAGUAACCCAGCGGAUCUUAGUCCCGGGGAGCAAGCGCCAGUGAGCUGCUGA